AUGGCGAGGUCGAGCAAGAAGCUUGGUGAGAUCCUGGUCGGGGCGAAGCUGGUCACGCAGGAGCAGCUCGACACGGCCCUGGGGAUGCAGAAGGGGGCGGGCAAGCGGAUCGGCGAGAUGCUGAUCGACGCCGGGUUCGCGAAGGAGGAGGACGUCGCGAAGGCGCUCGCGAAGCAGUUCGGGCUUCGGUACGUGGACGUGUCCAAGCCGGAGAUCGCGGAGAAGAUCGACCUCUCGCUGCUCCCGGACGACCUGGUGAAGAAGCACCUGAUCCUGCCCCUGGGCAAGGCGAAUGGGCGGAUGCGUCUGGCGAUGCACGACCCGAAGAACCUGGACGUGCUGGACAUGCUGCGCUUCCGUUUGAACACGGAGGUGGACCCGUACAUCUCGACGCGUGGGAAGAUCAAGGCGUAUCUGGACAGCCAGGGGGCGGGCGCGAAGCUGCCCUCGAUGACGGACGCGACGGAGGAGUCGCUCGUCACGGACUCGAUCGACCGCUCGAUCGACCGCUCGAUGGACAAGUCGGUGGACUCGUCGAUCGACCAGGCGGCGGAAUCGGCGCCGAUCAUCAAGCUGUGCGCGCGCAUCAUCACGGAAGCCGUGAACAUGCGGACGAGCGAUAUCCACAUCGAGCCGAUGGCGGACCGCGUGCGCCUGCGGUACCGCAUCGACGGCGUGUGCAUGGAGCGCGACAACCUGCCCAAGCGCAUGCAGAACGCGGUGCUCGCGCGGUUCAAGCUCAUGGCGGGGAUGGACAUCUCCGAGAAGCGCGUCCCGCAGGACGGCCGCAUCAAGAUGCCCGUCGGCGACGCGACGAUCGACUUCCGCGUCAGCGCGUGCCCGGCGUACCACGGCGAAUCGAUCGUCCUGCGUAUUCUGCGUCCGGACGCGGUGCGCAUCGGCCUGGAGAACCUCGGGUUCGAGUCGGACAACCUGGAGGUGUUCAACAAGAUCAUCCGCCGGCCGAACGGCAUCUUCCUCGUCACCGGGCCGACGGGUUCGGGCAAGACGACGACGCUGUACUCGGCGCUGGACAUCCUGAACCGGCCGGACCGGAAGAUCAUCACGGCCGAGGACCCGAUCGAGUACGCGUUCACGGGGAUCAACCAGUGCCAGGUGCGCGAGAGCAUCGGGCUCUCGUUCCCGAUCAUCCUCCGCGCGAUGCUCCGCCAGGCGCCGAACAUCAUCCUGGUCGGUGAGAUCCGAGACAAGGACGUGGCGGAGGUGGCGAUCCAGGCGGCGCUGACGGGCCACCUGGUCUUCUCGACGCUGCACACGAACGACGCGCCGAGCUCGAUCACGCGUCUGAUCGACAUGGGCGUGAAGCCGUUCCUCGUCGCGUCGUCGAUCCAGGCGGUGCUCGCGCAGCGUCUGGCGCGUGUGCUCUGCGACCACUGCAAGGAGCCGGACCCGAACCCGGAUCCGAAAUUCAUGCGCCUCGUCGGCAUCACGCCGGAGGAGCGCGCGGCGCACACGAUCUACAAGGCGAUCGGCUGCGAGAAGUGCGGCGGGUCGGGGUACCGGGGCCGGAAGGCGAUCUUCGAGCUCAUGCAGAUGAACUCGGAGAUCCGCGACCUGGCGUUCCGCCAGGAGCCGCUCGUGCAGAUCCGGCGCGCGGCGAUCAACAACGGGAUGCGUUCCCUCACCGAGGACGGCAAGCUCAAGGUGCUCAAGGGCAUCACGACCCCCGCCGACAUCGCCCGCAUCACGCAGGCGGACGACAUCGCGUACGACGACGACGAAUGCCAACCCAUGUCCACGAUGCAGAUCGACAGGCUCCUCGACACGGUCAUCAAGCUCGGCGCCUCCGACCUCCACCUCACGGUGGGCCGCAAGCCGACACUCCGUCUGCACGGCGGUCUGAAGAACCUCGACACCAAGGUGCUCGAUUCCGACGACAUGGUCACGCUCAUGAAAUCGAUCACCUCCGAGCGCUCCCAGCAGGAGCUGCAGGAGGUCGGCUCGUGCGACUUCGGCUUCGCCUACGGCACCGAGGCCCGCUUCCGCGUGUCGGUGUUCCGGCAGCGCGGCGACAUCGCGAUCGUCUGCCGUCUGAUCCCGAACAAGCUGCUCACCUUCGAGCAGAUCGGUUUGCCGGAGCAAUGCCGCGAGCUGAUCCGGCGUCCCCGAGGGCUCUUCCUGGUGGGCUCGGACGUCCCGGACUUCGCCGAGGCGCUGCGACGGGCGCUGCGUCAGGACCCGGACUGCAUCCUGGUCGGUGAGAUGCGAGACCUGGAGACGAUCGAGGCGGCCAUCCGCGCGGCCGAGACGGGCCACCUGGUGUUCGGCACCCUCCACACGACCGGGGCGGCGAAGACGAUCGACCGCGUGGUCGACGCCUUCCCGGUGACGCAGCAGAACCAGAUCCGCGUCCAGCUCUCCACGGCGCUGCUCGCGGUGCUCAGCCAGGUCCUCCUCUCGCGGGUGGACACCAAGGGCAUGGUCGCGGGGUACGAGUUCCUCGUGGUGACCCCCGCGAUCGCGAACCUGAUCCGCGACAACAAGUCGUUCCGCAUCGAUUCCGCGAUCCAGACCGGCAAGAAGUUCGGCAUGCAGCUGCUCGACGAGCACCUGUGGUCGCUCUACACCCGCGGGAUGAUCGCGGCGGACGAGAUGGUGGACAAGGCGAAGAACCCGGAGGACCUGACGAGCCGCGUCCACAAAUUGGGCCGCCAGGUCGGCCGGGCGGAGCUCGACGAGCCGGACGAGGUUGGGCCUCCAGUACGUGCUGGCGGUCCCGAUCGAGAGGCUGAUGGCAUGUCGCAGAUUGAUCCCUCAGAACUGAAGAAGCGGAAGCUCGGGCGAGUGCUCACGAAGAUGGGCAAGGUGUCGCGCGAGACCGUGCACGAGGCGCUCUCGAAGCAGAAGGAGCGUCGGAUUCCUCUCGGCGAGCUGCUCGUCGAGCUCGGUCACGUGACCGAGCGGGACGUGAAGGCGGCGCUCGCCGGUCAGGCGGGCCUUCGGUUCGUGGACCUGGAUGAGUACGAGAUCGACGAGGAGACGCGGAACGCGGUGCCGGCCGAGACGGUUCAGGCGUACAACGUGAUCCCGAUCGAGUACGAGCCGAAAUCGAAGAAGCUGACGAUCGCGAUGAAGUCGCCGGACAAUUUCCGGGCGGUGGACGACCUGCGGCUGCUGAUGGGGUUCAAGGUGGACGCGGUGGUGGCGGACGACGAGCAGGUCGACGCGAUCAUCCAGGAGUCGUACGCGGGCAAGAGCACGUCGGUCGCGGACGUGGUGGGGGCGAUGGCGAGCGAUUCGAGCCUGCAGUCGCUGGCGAACAACCCGGCGGCGGCGGGGGCGUCGAUCGACCUCGAGGCGGUGCUGGACGCGUCCGAGGACAACAAGGUCAUCAAGCUGCUGAACCUGGUGCUGCUCCAGGCGAUCAAGGACCACGCGUCGGACAUCCACUUCGAGCCGUUCGAGGACGAGUUCAAGAUGCGGUACCGCAUCGACGGCGUGCUGUACGAGAUGGUGCCGCCGCCGAAGUACCUGGGCCCGGCGAUCACGUCGCGCGUGAAGGUCAUGGCGAACCUGGACAUCGCGGAGCGGCGCAUCCCGCAGGACGGUCGCGUUGAGCUGCAGGUGGGCGGGAACCCGGUGGACCUCCGCGUGUCGGUGCUGCCGACGAUGCACGGCGAGUCGGUCGUGAUGCGUGUGCUGGACCGUUCGAACGUCGAGCUGUCGCUCGACCGCAUCGGCCUGCGCCCGGACGACCUGGAGCUGUUCCGGACGGUGAUGCACCGGCCGAACGGGAUCGUGAUCGUGACGGGCCCGACGGGCUCGGGCAAGACGACGACGCUCUACGCGGCGCUGGCCGAGCGGAACACGAUCGACGUGAAGAUCCUGACGGCGGAGGACCCGGUCGAGUACGACAUCGACGGGCUGUGCCAGGUGCAGAUCAACACGGAGGUGGGGCUGACGUUCGCGGGGGCGCUCCGGAGCUUCCUGCGUCAGGCGUCGCUCACGGGCCACCUCGUGUUCUCGACGCUCCACACGAACGACGCGCCGAGCUCGGUCGUGCGUCUGCUGGACCUGGGGCUGGAGAACUUCCUGCUCACGGCGACGCUCGAGGCGAUCGUGGCGCAGCGGCUGGUCCGGACGAUCUGCCCGAAGUGCAAGGAGCAGUACACGCCGACGGAGGAGCAGCUCAUGGAGCUGGACCUGACGCCGGAGGAUGUGUCGGGGCGGACGUUCUUCCGCGGGCGGGGCUGCCAGAACUGCCACGGGUCGGGGUACAAGGGCCGGAGCGCCCUGUUCGAGAUCAUGACGGUCGACGACACGAUGCGCGACCUCAUCAUGAACAGCGCGAGCACCUCGGUCAUGCGCGACGAGGCGCGGCGGCGCGGGAUGCGGACCCUGCGCGAGUCCGGCCUGCUGACGAUCUACGAGGGCCUGACCACGAUCGACGAAGUGGUCCGGGAGACGAUCCAGUCGCCCGGCACCGUUGACCAACGGAGCAGAGACAUGGCGACGUUCCAGUACGAAGCGCUCGACAAAGCGGGCAAGAAGCAAAAAGGCACGAUCGAGGCCGCGACGAGCGAAGACGCGAUCCAACGCCUCCGGAUGCAGGACUUCUUCCCGACGACGGUGCGCGAGCAGAAGACGAAGAAGGCCAAGGGCGGCGCCAAGGAGGAAUCCGGCGGCCCGACGGACCUGCUCGCGGUGCCGACGGGCAAGAAAAAGAAGAAGGGCGGCGCGAUCACGAUCGGCGGCGUGAAGCCGAAGCAGCUCACGACGUUCACGCGUCAGCUCUCGACGCUGCAGGACGCGGGCCUGCCUCUGCUGCGGUCGCUGCAGAUCCUGGAGAGCCAGCUGAAGCCGGGCCUGCUGAAGAACGUGCUGAGCGGCGUGGUGGAGGACGUGGAGGGCGGCUCGUCGCUGUCCGAGGCGAUGGCGAAGCACCCCAAGGCGUUCAACAACCUGUACUGCAAGAUGGUGAACGCGGGCGAGAUCGGCGGUGUGCUGGACGUGAUCCUGCAGCGUCUGAGCGAGUUCAUGGAGAAGGCCGAGCGUCUGAAGCGUCGCGUCAAGGGCGCGAUGAUCUACCCGUCGGCGGUCAUCAUCGUGGCGAUCGGCAUCGUCUCGGGCAUCAUGUACUACAUCAUCCCGAAGUUCACGGAGAUCUUCGCGGACUUCGGCGUGGAGCUCCCGGGCCCGACGCUCAUGCUGAUCAACGCGUCGAGCUGGAUGGCGGGGAACUACCCGACCGAGGGCGCGAUGCCGGUGCCGGGGAUCGUGUACGUGGUGUUCUCGAUCCCGCUGUUCAUCAUCUUCUGGAAGCUGAUCCGGAAGACGAAGCCGGGCAAGGCGAUCACGGACAUCAUCCUCGUGAACAUCCCGGUGAUCGGGACGCUCAUCAAGAAAACAACGGUCGCGCGGUUCACGCGGACGCUCGGGACGCUCAUCGCGGCCGGCGUUCCGAUCCUCGAGGCGAUCAGCAUCACGCGGGACACGUCGGGCAACUACGUCUUCGAGAAGGCGCUGGGCAACGUGCACGACUCGAUCCGCGAGGGCGAGUCGUUCGCGGGCCCGCUGCGCGAGAGCAAGGUGUGCGACCCGAUCGUGGUGAACAUGAUCGACGUCGGCGAGGAGACGGGCGACAUGGACACCAUGCUGCUGAAGAUCGCGGACAACUACGACGAGGAGGUCGACGUGGCGGUCGGCUCGCUGGUCGCGCUGAUCGAGCCGAUGCUGGUGCUCGUGCUGGGCACGGUGAUCGGCGGCAUCGUGAUCGCGAUGUUCCUCCCGCUCGUCCUCGUGACGGUCUCGAUCAUCGCGGUGCUGCUCACGAUCGUGAUCGUGUCGUUCGGACGCGUGCGCGACGAGGCGCGGCGCUCGAUCUGCGACCGGCUGCUCAAGAACAUCGAGCAGGCGGUGCAGGUGUUCGAGAAGGACACGGGCUACGCGCCGCCGCUGCUCGUGCCGAACAACUCGUCGUACGAGUUCCAGGUCGGGAUGCCCUCGUCCCGUUCCGAGACGAUCGUGCCCGAGGCGCAGGCGGACCCGCAGGAGGCGCUGCGCGACGCGCGGUACCUGAGCGAGUACUCGCUCACGGCGUACCUCAUCGGGAUGGGCGACAUCGACGGCGACGCGGGGGCCGGGAUCAACGGGGUCUUCCCGUCGACCGCGAUGGACGACGGCGCCGAGGGCGCGGGCAUCCGCAACCCGGGGCGGGACAAGUCCUGGGGCGGCGCGGCGGACCGCGCGAACCACGACGCCGAGACGACGGGGCGCGUCUUCGGGCCGUACCUCGACGUGGCGUCGCUCGGCGACGAGCUGCAGGUCGACCCGCUGACGGGGAUGUACCGCAUCCACGACGCGUACGACUCGCCGAUCCGGUACUACCGCUACUGGCCCAAGUUCCUCUACGACUCGGGCGACCGCGUGCAGUCGGUCGCGAACAUCCCGUACGAGCUGCUGGAUUUCAGCAACCUCGCGGCGCACAUCGAGUUCGGCGACGACCUGAGCCUGACGGCGAACCGCGACCUGUUCACGAGCGAGUACAUGCUCGUCUCCGCCGGCGCGGAGCGGCUCGAGUUCAUCCAGUCGCCCUCGGGCCGGCCGCUCGAGGCGUUCGGGGACGUGACGUUCGACGAGUCCUCUGGCGCGACGAUGUACGUCGAGCCGGACAACACCGGCCUGUCGUCGAUCUUCUCGUCGCCGGUCGAGCCGAUCUGGACCGGCACCAAGCCUGACACAACCCGGCGUCGUUUCGGCUUCUCGCUGCUCGAGCUGCUGAUCGUGAUCUCGGUGCUGGCGAUCCUGGUGACGAUCAUCGCGGGCGCGGGGAUCCGGAUCAUCUCGGCGCAGCGCGAGCGGAUCACGCUCAACGUGCUGCAGUCGCUCGACCGGGCCCUGGAGGAGUUCAUCGCGGUGACGGGCGGCAUCCCGGCGUUCCCGCUCGAGCAGGACCAGCUGAACCUGCUGUACGAGGACGUCCCGGGCCUGAGCACGAUGACCCCGGAGGGCUUCGGGCAGUUCGCGGACCCGUACAACGACAUCCCCACGCUGAGCGACGGGUACCCGGUGCGCCCGGACGCGGCGGUGUUCCUGCGCCAGUCGCAGGGCUUCGACACCGUGCGGGCGAUCCUGGAGGCGAUCCCCGAGCGGUUCCUGGUGCUCACGCUCCGGGGUGGCCAGAUCGAGAGCGAUCAGGACGCGCGGGCGAAGGACCAGCCCUCGGUCAUCGACGCGUGGGGCGAGCCGACGUGGCGGGGCGAGCAGCCGGCGCAAGGCGUGCAGCAGUUCGUCUACUACGUGCACCCCAAGAACCGCCUCGCGCAGGACGUGUACGGCCGGUGCCUCAACGGCCGCCCGUACUUCAUGAGCGCCGGGCCGGACAAGCUCUACGGGCACCCGUCCGAGCUGGAGCUGAUCGCGGCGGCGUACCCGGAAGCGGACCAGAACAACGCCUCGUCGCUGCUCCAAGCGGCGCGGGCGGACAACCUGUACUCGUACGACGUGGACACGGAGUUCGACGUCGAAUUCACCAUCAUCUCGGCCGCGCGACACGGCGCGCCCGCGGGGAUCCUGCGCCGCGCGUUCACGAUCUUCGAGAUGCUCAUCACGAUCUCGAUCAUCAUCCUCGCGACGGCGAUCGUGAUCCCGGCCUUCGGGCGGAUCAUCGAGUCGUCGAACUUCGCCGCGGCGGUGAACACGGUGACGGCGACGCUGGGCAACGCCCGGGCGCUGGCGAUCAAGAACAACGAGUUCACGGCGGUGGCGUUCCUCUUCGACACGGAGACGGAGACGUACACGCUGCUGCCGCUGGAGCUGCUCUCGGACGCGGGCGGGUCGCUGACGCUGUAUUCGUCCGCCAACCCGGCGACGCGGGCGCACGCGUACCGGCCGGCGCAGGCGACGGUGCCGGUGGAGCUGCCCAAGGGCGUGGCGGUGUACGGGUUCUCGUUCCUGACGGAGCCGGCGGGCUCGCUGAUCGACAACGGCGCGGGCGGGAUCGACCCGACGCGCCACUGGUACGCGGGCGAGCUGUUCAUGAAUUCGGGGGACCUGGUGCGCCCGUGGAUCUUCCCGCGGAACGACCCGCGCCACUUCUACGAGGACGGCGAGGACCCGUACGACGCGAUCCGCUCGGGCACGAACACCAACGACGCGGACACGGCCCUGCGCCACGCGCAGUCAUUCAUGAUCCAGUUCUCCCCCGAGGGGACGGUCGUCGACUCGUACCCGGGCGCCGGCAUCGACCACUUCACGGCGUACAUCGAGUACCCCGACCGCCCGCAGGACGAGCGGAACGGGACGAUCGACCCGUCGACGGGCGAGUUCACGCCGUACGACGACGCGAACGCGUUCGACCCCGAGAACCGGAUUGAGCUUGGCUCCCCGGCCGACGCGCAGGAGAACCCGGAGGUCGUCCUGCGCAACGCGGCGCAGCUCGCGGUGGUCUCGCUCGACGAGCUGCGCCGGGGCGUGCCGGAGCUCAUGGGCAUCCAGGAUGUCUGGUUCGUGCGGCCGGCGGACGGGACGAUGGGCUUCGACGUGGCGCCCGUGCGGGCGGACCUGGAGAUGGCGGGCCCGUACUACCUCGAGGAGACCACGAUCGCCGUGAGCGACUGGAUCGACGACAACGCCGAGAUCAUUUCCUUCAACCGCUACACCGGCAACAUCGUCAUGAUGGCCACGGUGAUCCUGGGCCUGGGCAUCCUCGGGCUGCUCGCGCUGUUCGCGGGCACGGCCCGGCAGCAGCAGGAGGCGACCGACGCGACGCGCUCGCUCCAGGUGACGCGGAACGCGCAGGCGCUGAUCGGCCCGAACGUCGGCCGCCUGACGGACAUCGACGACGACCCCCUCACCGGCGCGCUGAGCAACCUGAUGCCGGACAUCUGGUACCCGAUGACCUCGGUGGGGCCGAACCUGGACCAGACCGAGCUCGUCCCCCGCGCGUCGAGCGGUUCCGUCGGCGGGCUGUUCUUCCUCGCGGACACGAACGCGUACGUGCCGUUCGAGAUCUACUCCGGCUCCCAGACGAGCUACGCGCAGGGCAUGCCCGGCGCGUUCUGCAACGGCGCGGGCAGCGGCCAGUUCUCCGGCGCGAGCAUGGACUUCGACGACCGGCGCCUCGAGGCGUGCUCGCUCACCUCGGUCAUCGUGACGAUCGUGGAGUACAACCCCGCCACCGGCGACACGAGCAACCCGACGGAAUUCGUUUACGACCUCGCCUUCGUGGGCACCGGCUCGACCUACGGCAACAGCGCGUACUACAUCGGGCCGAACCACGGCGGCAACCUCGUCUUCGGCAGCGGCGGGCCCUGCAACCGCCAGCUCUGGGAUCAACCCGACUGCGGCAACCCCGGGCACGAUUUCAUCCGCAUCGACCUGCAGGAGACGCCCGAGGACGGCACCAUCCGGGCGAACAUCGCGGACUUCACAAACCCGCUUUUCUCGAACCCCGGGGCCUUCGGCUUCCUCCAGCCCCGCGUCGAGCGGAUCGUGAUCCCCUCGCCGUUCCAGUACCGCCGCUCCCGGCUCGUCUCGCUCGCGGACCGGAUCGUGCACACGACGAACAGCAAGGGCGAGCGCGUAGCGGACCUGGGCUACUCGCUCCUGUUCCGGCGCAGCGCGGUCGGGCUGACCGAGGUGAUGGCGGCGACGUACAAGAUCCGGCAGACGCAGUCCGGCUCGACGUUCGAGCCCCAGGAGGACUUCACGUCGGUGUACGCCGGGAACAUCUCGGGCGGCGACUCGUCGCUCGGGCCGCUGCGCCGCGUGACGGUCAAGCUGGGCUUCGACGACGACGAGUCGCGCGAGCAGUACUACAUCGAGGUGGACAUGCCGAGCGACCGCUGGGUCGUCGAGCCGGGCACGGUGCUGCUCGUGCAGGGCGACGCGACGGGCGGCCCGACGGAGGGCUCGGAGAUCUCGGCGACGGUGGAGUCGUUCGUCCAGGAGGACGACGACGGCCCGUUCCGCGGGUACCUGAAUCGGGCGCCGCGGAACCGCCGGCGGAUCCUGCUCAACAACAUCAACGAGGAGCGCGACGUGGCCGUCUGGGCGGUGCAGCCGCGCGUGCAAUCGCGCGACGGCUCCACGUGGGCGCUCGAGGGCAUCUCGAUCGAGCCGGUGCUCCUGUUCGAGGUGUUCCAGAGCGUCGGGAACAUCGUCUCGCAGGGUUCGGCGAUCGCGGAGGUCGACCAGCUCGCGCGGGCGAUCGAGCGGCAGAUCCGCGACGAUUUCGACGCGAUGAACUCGAUGCGCGCCGAGGACACGUUCCUGGCGAUUCGCAACCGGAUCGUGACGGACGUCUACCUCUCGCGCGAUGACAUGGAGGCGGACCUGCGCGAGGGCACGGUGGGCACGCCCUUCUCGCGGAUCAUCCCCGAGACGCGGCUCGACGAGAUCAUGUUCAUCGGGCAGUCCACGGAGGACGCGUUCGUCUCCUACGAGAAGGAGCCGAACAACGUCCUGAACACGACGACGGGCACGGUCUUCGUGCCGGGCGUGGUGAGCUCGCGGUACGCGCGGAUCUACUACGGUCACGGCCUGCGGCCGGUGCCCGAGCCGCGCGACCUGGAGCCGAACACGCCGUUCGUGCGUGUGGCGGACGGGGACUUCGGCGCCCCGCGCGACGAGGCGAACCGGGACAACAUCUUCGGGGUCGGCAACGGCAUCAGCUACGAGACGAUCGACGGCACGGGCGGGGCGGUCGACACCGACCAGAUCUCCGACGACGAGCGCAACCGCUACGCGGGGGACUGGCCGCUGGCGCGCCAGGCGCUGCUGCUGCACGACGAGGGCGGGACCAUCAUGGGCCGGCCGUCGGUGGGCGGUCCGAGCGGCCCGAGCUCGAUCAUCGGCACGCAGCGCGAGUACGCGCCGUACAUCCGCGACCUGCAAUCCGAGAACCGCUUCGUGAUCACGGAGCGCGACCCGGACCCGGGCCCGACGGACGUCGCGCUCCAGGCGCCGACGCCGGUGGUCCCCGAGGACCUGCCCAACCCGCGCCUGAUCCGCCACGGGCGGACGGACAUCUGCGCGCAGUCGCUCGAGGAGGCGAAGCGCUGGCUCGAGGGGGCGCAGGCGGCGCUGCCGCUGCCGCCGGUGGGCACGCCCUUCACGAACGCGCCGUUCGUCGACGCGACGGCGUGGAGCGGCGGGGCGUGGGACGUGGCGCCGACGACGCCGGGCGGCGCGGUCACGGACUCGAGCACGAGCGACGAGCGCGACGAGCCGCUGUGGAUCCGGUUCUUCGUCGACAGCCCCGCCGGGCUGAACCUGCGUCUGCAGAACAACCUCCGCGAGAUCCAGACGGCGAUCGCCGGGUGCUUCACGCGCCUGCUCGUCGAGACGGACCCGCCGGACGUGGACCGCGUGGUGGACCUCGCGUCGGCGUCGACGUCGUCGACGGCGCCGGAGGACGCGCUGAUGGACCUGCACGCGACGCUCGCGCCGCGCUGCUCGCGGUUCGAGAUCGCCUGGUCCGACGGCUCACGCUGGGACAACUCCGUGACGCCGGUCUCCAGCACGACCUUCUCGAACAACUUCUACCGGCCCGUGGAAGAGGACAUCAACCCGGGCGACCGCAUCUGGUUCGACUACAACUUCACCCGACGCGACCUGUGGCUCAUCCAGCCGCGGUACAGCCUGCGGACGCCGGGGCGGAUCUUCCAGGACCCCGAGAUCCUGCCGGGCGAGGCGCCCUCGUCGGGCGCGUCGGACCCGCCGAUCUUCCGCACGUCCUGGAGCGGCCUCCCGGGCGUGGCGGGCGAGCGCGGGCUGCGGCUCAACAUCGACGCGAACGCGAUGGGCGGCGCCAUCUCGAACACCUACGACCCCCUGCGCACCGGCGGGGCGACCGGCGACGACGAGUUCGCCGACAACGACGACGAGGAGUACCUCGCGAUCUUCCCCUUCCGCCUGCUCUCCGAGAGCGGCGGCCGCACCGCGGGCUACACCUUCGACCGUAACGACAUGACACGCAGCAACACCACAAGCCGAUUCGCACGCCGGGACAAGCGCGGGACGGUGCUCAUCUUCGCGGUGGGCGCCCUCGCCGUCAUCGCGAUCGUCGCGGUGUCGUACGUGAGCGUGGUGCGCAUCGAGCGCAACUCCGCCGCGGCGGUCACGAGCCAGUCCAACCUGGGCGAGUCGAUCGACAUCGUCUCGAACGAGAUCAAGGCGGUCCUCGCGGCCGACCUCUUCGGGAACAAGGUCGUGACGCCCUCGACGCCGGAGUUCCUCGGCGCGGGGAACGAGGGCGUCCGCGUGCGCCCGCGCAUGUUCGAGGACAUGGAGUUCUCCGACUACCCGAUGGUGGACGCGCUGGACAUCGCGCUGAACCAGCCGCCGGCGUCGGCCUCGCGCUACAGCUUCGACAGCCGCUUCUACGGCGACCCGGCCUCGCCCCCGAACGUCCCGAUGCCGGGCGACGGCUUCGUGCUCGAGGAGGACAUGGACGUGAUGUCGCUCAGCACGACGACGCGGAUCGGCCGCCGCUUCGAGACGGCGCCCCCCGACGACGCGUGGCUGGCGACAACGGAGCCGGAGUACCACGACCCGACGAUCACCGAGGCGACGCUCAACCCGCUGAUCGUGUGGCGGAACAUCACGAACCUGCGCAGCGCCUACCACUGGGUGGAGCGCGAGCGGAACCAGGACGUGCAGCUCUGGGUGCGCGACCACGGCCGCUUCGCGGACCUCGCCGAGUUCUUCAACACGAGCACGAACCUCGCGAACCAGAUCGCGCCGCCGAGCACGAUGUUCGGCGACGCGGGGCGCGACAUCAGCGUCGUCGACCCGGAGUACGGGAGCGUGGGCCACACCAACGGCGGCAUGCUCAACACCGAGACGGUCGGCGGCGACGCGAACACGCGACUCCGCACCGCGGUGUACGACGUGCAGAUGCGGUACAUGGCCGAGAGCGUCCCCGGCACGCCGAAUUUCCGGGCCGCGAGCAGCGGGAGCAUCGUCCCGCGCGUCCUCGUCACGCCCACGAGCGGCGACGGGGAGUACGACGCGAUCGACGAGCGCUGGUGGGUGGACACCGACGGCGACCUGCGCCCGGACGCCCGCUGGCAGCAGUUCGACUCGCUCGGGAGCCUGGGCAACCUCGUCUGGGUGGUGGGCACGCGGAUCAUCGACGCGUCCUCGCUCGUGAACGUGAACUCGUCGAUCGCGUUCGACGGCUUCGGGUCCGGCGCGGUGGACGACCAGAUCGCCUUCGGCCACACGCCGGCGGACAUCGACCUGUUCCGCCUGCUGAGCCGCGCCGCGGACGGCCCGGGUUACUACGCGAACGAACUCGUCGACGUCUCCCGCCUGGGCGACGCGUACCGGCGCUCGCACCUGCCGCUGGGGCUGGGGCUGACGGAGUUCGGCCGCCCGGCGUCUGAUCUGAGCAUCUUCGAGGAGAUCGCCGAGCCGUCGCUCGGGUUCAUGGGGAUGCCCAGCGCGCUGGCGCUGCCGUACAUCGACGACGUGAACGGCGACCUGGGCACGAACUACGCGGUGCAGGUGCCCAACCGGAACCUGCGCUCGGCGUACUACGACUUCGUGGGCAACGCGCCGCAGGAGAACGACCUCGAGGGCGACAUCACGUACCCGAUGCGCGACGUCUACGACCUGAUGGCGUUCUGGGGCACGAACCACAUCUCGACGGUGUCCAAGGUCGAGCAGCGCCUCGACGGCCCGGAAUCCAACCCGCUGUACCCGCGCACGCUCGCGGACUACCGCGACUUCGACUCGGGCCCCUUCGGCCCGAUGGCCUCGCUCCAGGACCCCGCGACGCAGCGCGUCUACGACGCGACCAACCCCGAGCCGGACAUCACCGAGCUGCGCAGCGCGGUGCGGAACUCGAUCACGACGAUCUCCGGCGUGGGGAACUUCUCGCCGGUGCCGGUGCUGAACAACAGCGAGGAGUUCCGGUCGGUGCAGUUCCGCGAGAAGAUCAACUUCCGCGAGCUGGCCGACGCGUCGAACGACCGGGAUACCAACGGCCGGUCGAGCAUCACGGGCGAGACAGUGCGCCCGGUGUUCGAGGCGUUCACGUGGGCGCUGGCGCCGUUCGCGACGGACCAGCCGUACACGUCGGAGCUGGCGGAGGCGCGGGCGAACCUGUUCGACCCCGCGAACUACGGCAAUCCCUCGAUAUUCCACUACGGCGGCGGCAAUUCCAUGCCCGGCAGCUGGCUCGCGGAACUGCUGUUCGUCAAUCCCCAGGACCUCUCGCCCUACAUUCCGGACCCGGGGCCGAGCGUCGCGCUCAUGACCGCGGCAUCGCUGACGGCGAACCUGAUCGACGCGAUGGACAGCGACGACAAUCCGACGGACAUGAUCAACGUGGACUUCCCGACCGUGCUGCGCGUGCUCCCGCGUCAGAACCGGCUGGACGGCCGUCGUGAGUUCACGGACAACGUGAACACGCUCCCGAUCGAACUCGGCCUGAACAUGGCGCACGGCGAGGUCAAUCCCUUCCACAGCCCGGCGAACGGGAUGCAGGUCGGCGAUUUCUUCGGUGAAGCCGUUAUGGAUAUGGACGCGGAGAGCUUCCUCGACAGCUUCGACGGGAUGACGGCCGAGAACCAGAUCACCAACGACGGCCUGACCGUCGUCGGUCUCGAAGCGCAGCCGUUCAUCACGGACGCGGUCUCCUUCGCGUUCUACACGGACUCGGCGGGCGAUUCUGCGGGUGCGGUGCAAGACGGCAUCAUCGAUCCGGAUACCGAUCAACUCGGCUCGUUUUUCGCGGUCAAGCUCUUCAAUCCCUGGCCGAAGGCGAUCCAGGUCGACAACAGCUUCCAGAUCGUCAUCCCGACGGAUCCGACGGGGAACACCCGUCCGCAGCUCGGGAACACCAAUAUCCCGGAGGAUUCCCUCGAUCUGCGUUUCGUGUUGCCUUCGGCCACGAUCGACGCGCGUCAAGAGGUCAUUUUCUACUGGUCGGUCGGCGUGGACGCGCCGCCGUGGCGCGGCGAGUUCGUCGGUGGUCAGGAGAUCGAGACGGCGCUCAUCCAGGCGAUCCAGAACGACGCGGGUCUGCCGAUGAUCCCGUUCGCUCCCGGACCGACCAACAACCCGAUGGCGACGGUGUCGUACACGAACGUGAUGUUCCAGCGAAACACGGCGGACGCGCUGCCGGUGCUCCUCGUGCGCAGCUUGACCCGCGAUGUGAACGACACAACACAGGCCUCCAACACGACCGGCGAUUCCACCGGCAUCCCCAUGCGAUGGCUGGUCAUCGACCGUUUGCGCACCGAUCCGGGGAACGUCUUCCCGGCUGUGAUCCCGAAUGGUACGACCGUCAACCUGCACGAAGACAUCGGCGCCUCCCCAUUCAACGAUUCCGAUCUCCUGAAUUUCUUCUUCGAUCCUGACCACCCGAUGGAAGAUCGAGACGAUCUCCCGCCGGAGAUCAGCGGCCGCAUCAUGGUGAUGUCGAGCCUCUCGCGUCCGAAGCAAGUCGGAUUGAAUGGCGGGUGGCCGACCACCGUGAUCGAGCGUCCCUCGGACAACCUGCUCACGAUUUUCGAUCCGACAAACACGGUUCCGGGGUUCACGCCGAUUCAGAACGACCCCGCGGAGCGGAGCUAUUUCGGUCAGAUCUGGUUCACGUUGCCGGCACCGGUCGGCGCGCCCGAGCCGGCAGCCGCGCUGCACCCGCGCGAGUCACCGGUGCUCUAUCUCUUCCAAGAGGGGAAUUCUUCCAACGCCCCGUCCAUCCUCCGCAAUUCACUCAUGUCCGGGACCCGCCAGCACGUGCUGGACGAGAACAGCAUCGGCUCGGCGUCGACCGUUGGCACCGUGCCGAGCUUCCAACUCUACGUGCCGGACAGCCCGCUCAACACGGUGGCGGAGAUCGGGCAGCUCUCGAUCUUUGCGCACACAUGCUCGGGUCACAACCUGACGCUGCUCGAGAACUGGCUGACGGCCUCAGAGAAGAUGGGUCUGGCGAUGGGCAUGCUGCGCAGCGGCGUUGCUGAUCCGUACUUCGCUACGCUCGACCCGACGCGGUACAUGUUCGACGGCGCGUCCGGCGACGGCGACCUCGAGAACAUUCUGCCGGCGAGCGGUUCGAUCCCCGACAACCUCACCGUCCCCCUCGCCACGCGCGUGUACGACUGCUUCGAAGCGCUCUCGACGCUCGCGGACAUCAAGCAGGGCGUGAUCAACGUCAACACGGCGAGUGCCCGUGUGCUCGAACUGCUCCCGUUCGUGAAGCCGGCGCAGACGUACAUGGCGCCGGACGGGACGGUCCUGCCAUCGGGCGUGGGCGUGGCGAGUCGGCGCGCGAACAUGAUCGUGGAGUACCGCGACCGCGUCGCGAGCCCGGAAGUGAGCUCGAACACCCGCCCGUCCCCCGAUUUCACUCAAGUCGGGAACGUCAACCCGACCGGGCUCGGCGCCAGCCUCCGGAACUCCAGAAGCCCCGCGACCGGGCGCGACAACGCCGGCAUCACCGCGAUUGGCGAGCUGUCGCUGCUCGAUCUGUGGGACCCCGCGACGGGCGCUGUUUCCAACGCGACCAACGGCUUCGGCUUCUUCGGCAGCAACACCGUCAACGACGGCGCCGGCGUCGGCGGGUUCCUGCCGCUCGGCGGGAACUUCCUCGACCCGACGCCCGGGACGAACGGCAUGGACCCGAUCGACGACCCCGAGGAGCGCAACCGCAUCUUCAGCGCCGUCUCCAACAUGGUGACGACGCGGUCGGACGUGUUCCUGGCGUGGACGGUCAUCCGCGGGUACGACCCUGACGAGAUCGAGCGGAUCACGAUCCCCGCGGGGAACCCGGAGGAGGCGCUGCUCGAGCUCGAGCCGGCCUUUGACCGGCGUUACCUGCUCGUGCUCGACCGGUCGAAUGUCCGCGAGCCGACGGACCGCAUCGCCUUCGAGUCGCGCGUCAGUAGCGGGGGACCGUCUCGUCCACCGCGCGGAGCGGACGCCGUGGUGGCAGAAGACGAUCACGUCGCGCUCCUCCGCGAGGUCGCGGACGUCCUCGAUCCGCGCCUCGAUCUGGUCGAGCGGGACGUGCUCCGCCCCGCCAAUGCUCGCGAUGGCGAGCUCGUCGUCGCGACGGCAGUCCAGCAGAAUCGCGUCCUUCGCGGCCCGAUCGCGGGCGGUGCGCGGGGUGACCUCGAAUUCGGUGUUCAGACGGCUGCCCGGUGGCAUGCCCUGCUCGUCCAGCGGCGUCUCGCUCACGGCGUGACGCGCCAGGGCCGCGGCGCCCCGGAAGGGCAGGAGGAUGCCGUCGCCGACGACGUCCCGGAUGGGGACGCCGACGAGGUCGAUCAGGGUGUAGGUGUCCUCGGCGUCGAGGGCGGAGAGGGCCGUGGGGUGGGCGCCGCCGGCGCGUUGCUCCUGGUGGACGCGCCGUUGAGGCUGGGGCCGGUCGCGGGCGUCAUCGGCGCCGUGUCCGCGGAGAUCGCGGCGAGCGUCUGGCUCUGGCCGAUGGUGACGCGUGACUCGGAUCGGGGGAUGUCAUACGUCGAAAUGAUCGCGGAAUCGGACGCCACGGGCCGCCUCGCGGAGCUGUACAAGCGGGGCGGGAACCCGGACGGCAGCGUGGACAACGUCCUGAAGGUGCACUCGCUGAACCCGGAGUCGCUCCACGCGCACCUGGAGGUGUACAUCGCGUCGAUGCAUCGCCCGUCGCCGUUGUCUCGUGCCGAGCGGGAGAUCGUGGCGGUGAUCGUGAGCCGGCUGAACGGCUGCCGCUACUGCGCCCGCCACCACGGGGAGGGGCUCCGUCGGCUGCUCAGGGGUGAGCGCGACGGGCUCGUCGAGGCGCUGUGGGCGGGGGACGAAUCGGGGCUCACGGAGCGGGAAUCGGCGAUGGCGGGGUACGCGAAGCGGUUGACGAGCGAGCCGUCGAGCGUGGGGCGGUCCGAUAUCGACGCGCUGCGAUCGGCGGGGCUGGAUGAGAGGUCGAUUGUCGACCUGGCGUGCGUUAUUGCGUAUUUCGCGUACGCGAACCGGGUGGUGCUGGGCCUGGGGGCGGAGCUGGAGGCGGAGGGGGGCGGCGCGGAGCGGCCGAUGCUCAGAGCACGACCGGGCGUUCGAGGACGAGCGCGACGGGAUCGGUCCGGAGAGGUGCUCGUGUCCGAACUUUCGAAUCAUGGGAUCAACCUGUGGAGCGGGAUGCCCGUGCACCCCGGCGUGGCGCUGCGCCUGCUCCGCGAGUCGGUGGAAGAGCCGACGAACGAGGUCCUGCUGCGCAAAACGCUGGCGAUGGACCCGGCGCUCUCGCUGGCGGUCUUCCGCCACGCGGUGCGGUCGGUGUCGGCGUCGCUCGACGGGGCCUCGACGUACCGCGGGCUGGUCGACCGGCUGACGGUGCCGGUGUGCCGCUUCGCGGCGGUGCGAGCGAUCGUGAACGCGUCGAACGAGGACGUGCCGGCGAGAUCGAUGUCGGCGCGGUGGCGUCGGGCGCAUGUGCGGUCGUCGAUCGCGCGGGCGCUCGCGGCGGUGUCGCAGCGUGUGGACCCGGACCUGGCGGCCGUCGCGGCGCUGCUCUACGACGCCGGCGGGUUCCUGGAAGCGGACUACUGGCAGGCGCGGACGAUCGAGGUGCUCGAGCAGCACGGCACGCCCGAGGCGAUCCUGAACAAUAUUCGAGACGCGUUCCAUGUCUCGCGGGACGAGCGCCCGCUGGACGCGGAGGUGCUGGCGGUGGCGGACGAGGCCUCGCGGAGCAUCUACCACGCGGACGACGAGGAGGCGGAGAUCCCGACGCACGUCGCGCCCGAUCUGCGCGAGAGCCGGUGGGAGCACAUCGUCCGGGACGCGGUCGAGGACGCGGAGACGGCGCUGCAGAUGCCGGAGGCGCCGUGGUCGCAGAUCCGCGAGGACGCGGUGCGCGUGCUCGCGGAGAUGGCGGGGGCGGCGUUCGAGGAGGUCAACCGCCUGCGCACGAGGACGCGCGAGCUGUCGCGCCAGGUCGCGACGGACGCGCUCACGGGGCUGUACUCGCGCCUCGCGUUCACGCAGCGGUUCGACGAGGAGAUGGAGCGGGCGCGGCGCGACGGGCUGCCGAUCACGCUCCUCCUCUUUGACCUCGACGGGUUCAAAGAGAUCAACGACACCUACGGGCACCCCGCGGGCGACGCGUACCUCACGGCGACGGCCGGGGUGCUCCAGUCGUGCGCCCGCCGGAUCGACGUGGUGGCGCGGUACGGCGGCGAGGAGUUCGCCGUGAUCCUUCCGCACACGAACCUCGCGGGCGCGACGGCGAUCGCCGAGCGUCUGCGCCGGAGCGUCGAAUCGCUCGAGGUGGACCACGACGGGACCACGAUCAAGACAACGGCGAGAUGA